UUGUUUGGUUUCAAUUGGAUUUUUUUUCCAAAUAUUUCAAAUCGAUUUAUUGCGCGAAAAUGACCCAUACUUUGUCCAUAUUUGAUUCGAAAUCCAAUUAUCAUGUUUAAUGAAUAAAAUAAGAAUCCAGAAUGCUAAUAUUUCGUAUAUUACGAAGCUCAUUUCUAUCAUCAUCAUGUAACGAUUAUUUAAAUUAUCAUCAUCAACAUAGCAUCAAUUGGUUGUCACAAUCAUCAUCAUCAUCGUUUCAUCGUAAAUUGCCACCAUUAUUUAUGUCCUUGAAUCACCGAACAAUCACGAGUUGUAGUUGCUGUUGCUGCUGUUGUUGUUUUUAUGGUACGAUUAUUGGUAGUCUUUCUGAACAUCAUCAUUAUAUACGAAGAACAAAUAUUUUCAGUUAUUUCAAUCAUCAUUCCAUCAUACAACAAGGCCUACAACAACAAAAACGAAAAUUUAGUAUUUCAAUUUUGGAUCGAAAUUCUACCAGUGACAAUCAAAACGGAAAUUUAAAAAUGGCUAAAUUAUUAAGUGGUAAAGAAGUGUCGGAUGAAAUCCGUGCACGUCUUCGUGAAGAAGUGAGCCAUAUAUCUAUUAAACCAAUGUUGGCCAUUAUUCAAGUUGGUGGUCGUGAAGAUUCAAAUGUUUAUAUUCGUAUGAAGAAAAAUUAUGCCGAAUCAAUUGGUGGUAAUUCGAUUCAUUUGCAAAUGCCCAGAGCCACGAAUACGCAACAGUUAGCUGCUGAAGUUGAAAGAUUGAACAACGAUCCAUCCGUACAUGGCAUCAUCGUACAAUUGCCAUUCGAUUCUGAAGAACCUAUUGAUGCACAUUAUAUUACAAACCUGAUUUCGCCGGAAAAAGAUGUCGAUGGUUUAACCGUCAUUAAUGCUGGAAAUCUAUUGCAUGGUAAAAUUACUGGAAAAGAAGGUUUCAUUCCGUGCACACCGUUUGGUUGUUUGGAAUUGAUUAAAAAAUCCGGUGUCAAAAUGGAAGGUGCACAAGCAGUUGUUCUUGGUCGUUCAAAAAUUGUCGGCUCACCAAUGGCUCAGCUUUUGAUCUGGAAUAAUGCUACCGUCACUGUUUGUCAUUCGCGAACAAAAAAUCUGCCGGAAAUUUGUCGGAAUGCCGAAAUUUUGGUCGUUGCCAUUGGAAAACCAUUGUUUGUCAAACGUGAAUGGAUUAAACCAGGUGCCGUUGUUAUUGAUUGUGGUAUAUCAUCAAUACCUGAUGCGACAAAAAAAAGUGGACAACGUCUUGUCGGUGAUGUUGAUUUCGAUACGGCCAAAGAAGUUGCAUCAUAUAUAACACCAGUUCCAGGUGGUGUUGGCCCAAUGACUGUGGCCAUGUUGAUAAACAAUACAGUAGAAUCUGCAAAACGUGUAGCUGAAAAAUUAGACAAUGGACAACAGGAAUAAAAUAUUGGAAAACGAACCCGUUACUGCGAUACAUUUUUGUUACUCAAAAUUUUGAUAUAGAAUAAAUGUUGUUUUUUUUGUCAUUCA